GUAAAAACAUAGGUGGGCUCUCCCGGGGACGGGUCCAAAUGUCUGCUACCAUUGACAGGAAUGUUUGCACUCCAGGUGAAACUUUAUCUGUUAUGGCCAAAAUCUGCAACUCCUCUUCAAAGAACAUGAGGCCCAAAUUCAAGCUUGAACAAAAUACAGUGUACCGCAGCAAGUACCACACAAAGAACUCACUGUUAAUUCUACUCAAAGAGGUCGGGGGCACUAUCAGGCAAUACUCGGAGCAAACUGUCUCCUGCCAGUUGAAGAUUCCUGAUGAUGUCAUCUUCUCUAUCCAUAACUGUGAAAUCAUCUCAGUUGAAUAUUACAUAAAGGUGUAUCUGGACAUUAGCUUUGCCGUUGACCCAGAGGUGGUGCUUCCACUGGUCAUCGCUCCUUCCAGAUUUGCAGCUUUUAAGCCUGGUGAGGCUGAGGGGCCUUAGCUACCUGGGAAAAUCAAGGCCGGAAGUUAUAGUAGCUUCGCUUCCCCUGCCUUCCACACUGGAUUAGAUCCUGAACCCACAGAGUCAGGUGCUUGUUACUAUCCCACCCCAGAUCUCACUCAGCAUGUUAAUAUAACAAGUAGCGAUUAUAACCAGUGUUCAUAAGGUGCUGCAGGGGUUUUCAACUCCAGCACUCACAUCACGUUCAGUGCAACAUCCAGGUCCUACUCUUGUUUAGUCAGGUCGUUCUCCUGCUCUAGUCCGUUUUUCUUUUAUUGUCAUGAACUAGC